UUCGCCACACCACGCUAUCUGUUUUCAUCAGCAUCCACUUCUCUGUUCUCUCCUGCUACAGCUGUUCUUCCCGCCGCAAGUCUCUCUUUCUUCUUCGGUUCUUCUACAGCGUAAUCGCAUCCAUGGAGCUAGCGGCUUCGGCGUCGGAGUCCGUCUGCUCGGCGUACCACCACCUGUCAACGCCGGCAGACGCCGAUGACGGCGGCGCGCAGUCACGGCCGCAGCUGCCGCGGCGGAGGAAGCACGCGGCUGGCGGCGGCGUCAGCGGGCUCCGGCGCCGGUGCCACGAGGUGCUGAAGCAGCAGAGGACGAGGCUGUACAUCCUCCGGCGGUGCGUCUCGAUGCUGCUGUGCUGGAACGACCACGACGACAUGUCCGACUGAGCGCGGAGGAAGGCCCGGUGGUUCUCUGCUCGGGCUGGGUCAGGGCCGGGCCUGUAGGUGGGUCCUGUUCGUAGAGAGGAACGGUAGAGUGGUUUGGUGUAUAAUACUCCAUGCCGGUUUGUUGGCAACUAUAUCAUGAGAUGAGCUUUUUGUAAUCUGGUGAUGUAUAUAAGUAAAUGAGAAAUGCAAUGCCAUGUGAUGGUUGGUACCCCUCAAAAAAAAAAUGUGAUGGUUGGUAGGAUUUUUUUUUUUUUUUGAGCAUCAUCCACAUCUUUAUUAUCAAGUAUUAUAGUUCAUACACACACACCAUCAGGUGGAUGUUGAAACCA